UCCCACCGCCGACGGCGACGGCCACACUAGUUUUUUUUUCCGACUCAAGCAAAUCCAUUCCUUUUUAUUGCGGCGUGCGGCAAAAAGAAAAAUCGAAAGAAAACCGAAAGGCAGCCAACCUUAUUGUUGUGAUCCGAUCCCGAUUCUCCCCAGUCGCGAUCCUAAUUUUUUUGUUUAGUGCAACACGGUGAGGGGCUUGCACACCGACAACAAACGAAGCGGCAGCCCAAAGCGGACUCGCAAAACAAAAAACGAAACAGUGCGAGAGUGAGCAGAUCCCGCCAUCAUGAGCAAGAAGCCGACAGCCGGACCGGCGCUCCACAAGGUCAUCAUGGUGGGCAGUGGCGGAGUGGGAAAGUCCGCCCUCACAUUGCAGUUCAUGUACGACGAGUUCGUCGAGGACUACGAGCCCACCAAGGCCGAUAGCUAUAGGAAAAAGGUUGUGCUGGACGGCGAGGAAGUACAAAUAGAUAUACUGGAUACGGCCGGUCAGGAGGAUUAUGCCGCCAUCAGAGACAAUUACUUUCGCAGUGGCGAGGGAUUCCUCUGUGUCUUCUCCAUCACAGAUGAUGAGAGCUUCCAGGCAACCCAGGAAUUCAGAGAACAAAUACUGCGGGUGAAGAAUGACGAGAGCAUACCGUUCCUGCUGGUGGGCAACAAGUGCGAUCUGAACGACAAACGCAAAGUUCCAUUGAGCGAGUGCCAGUUGAGGGCGCAGCAGUGGGCGGUGCCCUAUGUGGAGACCUCGGCUAAAACCCGCGAAAAUGUCGACAAGGUAUUUUAUGAUCUAAUCAGGGAUAUUUCAUCGCGUAAAAAACAACGUCAGACGGACGUGAAACAGCCGCCGAAGCCCAAUUCUCAUUGCUGCCAACUGCUGUAGGAUGAACAACAACAACCGACAACAACCAUAUGAUGAACAACAAAAAACUGCAGCAGCAACAACUUGGAAAACAACAACGGCCACACGGAUAACACCAACCACAAAAUAUAAAAGAUGGAGAACAGAACCAGAACGAUAUGUUAAUAUAUAAUUAACUUAGAGAACACCAGGACACACAAACACUGCUGAGAAUAUCUAAAUUAUUUGCCACACUUAAAAAUCAAACACCACGUACUCCAAGUUAACUUGCAUUGUAAUAUACAUAAAUAUAUUAUUUAGGAAACCAAUUUCCCCAAGAACAUCAAAUGAAAAGCACAUAAAUUCUGUCAUUUAGUUUUCGUUUUUCCUCUUCAAUUAUCGAUUUUUGUGUUGCCCCCACCCGUACAAUAAAAUGUUAAACAAAAACUAAAGCUUAAACUUAUUAAAUAUAACCAAUCUUAGAAACUUAAAGAAAACAGUAAUAAUUAUGCAAUUAAAUAAAUGCUAUAGAUAUUUCUCUUGUUUAAUUAUA